AUGACCAAAGUAGGCUCUGGUGCUGUUGACUGGACUACAACUGCUGUUGACAGCAGUCCAGAGCAUUCAAGCCUCGAGAACCGCACGAACCUGAGUCUUCAGGACUUCAACAGAGCUAUCAGAGAGGCCGCCCAGAUGAAGAAAACUGAUCCAAGCAGGGCUGCCAAGUUGAUUCUGGACGCAAUGUUGUGGGACAUUAUCAAGAAACUCCCCCGCGACAACUUUGACAUCGUAGUAGCGCGGCACCAUCUGGGGGAGUGCUACUUUCUCAUGGGGAACUAUGGCGAAGCCGAGAGAUUUUACCGACAGGUUCUCCAAGCCCGGAGGUCCCAGAAGCCCCCCGAUUCUUCAAAGAUUCUGCAAGCCCGACAGGAUCUAACGGCCUCGCUCAUCCAGUCCGCCAUGGAAGAGGAGACGCGAAAUGUUGCGAGAGCCGAAAAGCUCCACUUUGAGGCACUGAGUCUCGCCGUGAAGAACAUGAAUGAAGAAGACAACGACAUCCGAGGCGAGGACAUUGAUGAUGUACUUCAUUGCACUAAAGUCUUGCUGAAAAGCCAAGACCGAAAGCCCCUGGAGCUUGCCAAGCUGAGCAGGACUCGUGUCCGGGCGUUGGUCCAAAUAGAAGACGACAUGGACGACGAGGAACUGAUUGAUAUGCAACACCACGGGAUUGUAGCGUUUAAGCACUUCACCGUGGACCUGGAGGAUCGAAAGAGCGGGUACGAGGUUUACAACACUGUUCAGUCCCGGAUACGGGAGUAUGGCGCCCAGGAUCCCGAUCAGUCCGAAAUGGCAGUAUGCAUAGGAGACGAAGUCGAAGAUGAGUGGAGAAAAGCCACAGGGUUUCUAGCUCGUAAGAGAUGGAGACGGUGCUUGGGCCAGGUGCGAGCUGAAGUAAGGAGGGAUGUCCUACCCCAGAAGAAAGAGAUUCGGGACAAGUGGCAUCUCUCUUGCCGCAGACUAAUGGUCAAGCAAAGAUGGAAGAGAGCGUUAUCGGAAGCCAAGAAGACGGCCAGGCGGAACAUCAAUUGCCACAGGAAGUUGGUUAUAGACCAAUGGAACUCAUUGGUCCAAGAGGCUUUGCAGAGGAAGAAGGAAGAAGAAAACAGGAAGAAGGAUGAGGAACGUAAAGGGUUGAAAGAAGAAGCCAAAAAGAGGAAGAGAGAGGAAGGCCAACAGAAGAAGAGGGACGAAGAGCAGAGGAGACUGGAACAUGAAGAGGACAAGAGAAAGAGGGAGAAUGAAGAGAAGCAGAUGGCGGAGGAGCGAGAGAGGAAGAGGAAUGAGGAGGGAAAGAGGUUAGAAGAGGAAGAUAAAAGGAGAACGGACGACGAAAACCGAGUCAAAAGGUUGGGCGGAGAGAGAGAACAUGAAACCAGGAAAAAGGAAUUUGAAGAUAAGCGAGGAGAGGAGGAGGAGCAGGAAAGGAAGAGGGAAGGGAAAGAAGAAGAGGCUCUGAAGAGACAGAUGAAUAUGCAGAACGAUUUCGAGAUCCAGCAAGGGAUCAGCAGAACAGACACAGGAUAUUCAGAGUGGUCGGAACCUGCAGUCGGCAGGGCCAACUGGGAAAAUAAGAUUCUCUUCGCGGCCGCGGGCAACUUUGGGAACUCAAAGGCCAACGUUUCUUUCCCGGCUCGGUUCCCGGGGGUUUUCAAGAUCUUUGCGACCGACCACCAGGGUGGAAAGUGUUCCUUCAGCCCGAGCCCGGACCUGGAAAAGAGCUACUGCUUCAGCAUCCUGGGCCACGACGUCGUGUCUAUCUGGCCGGAAGCUGUGAGGGACAAAGACAGGGAGACGCCGCUGAAGGUGGUGAACAAGAAGAAAUCCCCAGGGCUGUGGGUCGCCAUGUCGGGGACCUCGUUCGCGACGCCGAUCGCCGCGUCGGUCGUUGCCAUCCUGUACCAGUUCUACGACGCGAACAAGGCCGAAAUCAACCUCGAACCGGGGCUGGACUUCAAGACGGUCGACAGCGUCCGGGCCAUACUCUUGAAGAUGAGUAUGGCGCCCACAGAGGACCAGCACAACUACCUCAACCCUUGGGUGGGCCGGGACAACUACUUCAACUUCAGCGGUGAAGAAAAGAGCGGUCCUGUGUCCUUUUUCGCUCAGAUGCUGAGGCUUUGCUUAGGUGCUUGGGUCAAGUAG